CAUUACUUUUUUUUAAAUCAUAUUCACUCAAGUCUAAUUAUAUAAAAGAAUGUCCAAGUCAAGAAAUCGUGUUGCUCUUUGGCCUCCCAAGGGCCAGUCUUGGAGCGGUGUCACACUGGAUGAUGCCAACCUCGCGGUAUGCCAGUCAUGCAAGAUCAGUGUCUGCUGGGAGGGCGUGGGGGUCUGUGUUGGAUGUGCCUCCGGGCUUCAAAGGCCCCUCCCCAGCAAGUUCUUGAGGAAGCUGCGCGAAGAGCUUGCGUGCCGUGACGACACCGUAGCACUGCGGUCCUUGGAUGGAAGUGGACGAGUCGUGCAUCACGGAGGGGUGGAGCGGCCCGGAAGGUGUGAAGACAAGUCCCGCAGGGCUGAUCUGUGCGACACCAUCUCGCUGUACGCCUUGAAAAACGGUUGGGCAUCCUGGGCGCUUGACAAUGCUGCGAAGCAGUUGCGCGAGCCCGAAGGGUCAGAUGCUGCUGCCAUUGGUGCGUAUAAGCGCCAGCAGCCCAUCGAAGACGACGCCGGGCCUAUGAGACACUGGUGUUCCUGCGGCAAUCGGAAGCACGAAUCGAGCGGCCAGUCGCAGGCGGUGCUGAUCGAGGUGGCCAUUGCCAAGUUGACGGGCCAACCCGAGGAGGCGUCUGCAAGCCAGCUCAGAGCAUCGGCCAAGAAGCGCAGAUCGUUGAAGAACCAGCCCGUUGAGACGGCGAGACAACUGAGGUCGGCCACCAGACGGAUUAAAGCAUCCAAGAGCCAGCCUGGAGCUGCAAAUGGCACUUCAAAUGGCGCUCCAAAGCCAGAGAAGGAAUCAUCUCGAGCUCUCACAAAGGAAAAAAUCGACUUUGCAUAUGAGCGCGCCAUGUGGUCGGGAGCGACGCCGGAAAUCUUCGCGGAUAUAAUGUGGCUGGCCGGGCCGGGCCGCAGUCACAUCGCUAAAGAAGGCGGCCAGGCCAGCAAGGAAAUCGCCAAGGGCGCGCGUGGCUCUGUCGAGACGGUGCUGCUGCACUAUUUCUUCUUGAACAACCACGUCAACACGCUGGAGCAAGGCCUGGAGCUGUUGCUGCUCGGCGUCUAUCUCACGGCCCUGGACCACGGCCUUGUCCGGGACAGCGACUUCACGGACUUUGCCGGCGACCUUGCGCGCCAUGCAAACCUGGGGCGCUUCACCUUUUCCUUCAUCGAGCUGCUUGUCCACUUUGGACCGUCCAUCCUGGACUGGCACGCCGGAUGCAUCUCGACGCUGGGCCUGAUGCGAGGCCUGGAGCUGCGCUCUUGGGCGUUUGGAGUUCAGUGGGAUGUCUUCAUGCACUACGAGCUUGGCAGCGAGGAGGACUGGCAGGAGAAGCUCCCGCCGUGGAUGUGCGUCGCAGCAGCUCUCGGCCACGACGUGGGUGAUCUCUGCGCAGACACCCGGCUGGGCUCUACGGACAACUGCUACUUUGCGGUGGGCGCCGUGGCUGGAUACGAGGGUGUCGCGGCCUGCAUGGACAUCUUGUGCGAUGCGCUCGAAGCAGUCGUGCUCCGCGAUACGCGCGGGACGAUUGAUAUCGGCUGCGUCGCCGGCAGUGCCUGUGCCACCUUUGAGCGGUCUGGCGGAGACUUGUGUGCGUGCUCGGGCGAUGAGACGAGUUCGCCGGACUCGUGCGAGGCCAUGGGUCUGCUCUCCAACCUGUGCCGCGACCGUCGGAUUCGCCCCGACGAUGCGGCUGACCUGCUGGCUCUGAGGGAUUCGGUGAGGCGGCGGUGUCAAGAGCUGCCCCGACCUAAGCGAGUCCGCACAGCCCAUCUCGAUCACGAAGAGCGCGAACAGGUUUAUGCAGAGGCGUUGAGGGUCAUGGGAACAGGCGAGAGCGGCAAGUCCGCCCAUGCACGAAUGCAGCUGGCGUACUCAAGCGCCGCCAAGGAUAUGUGCGGCCUCCUGCGGAGAAGAGCUGCUUAUCUUCGCCAGCGCCUUGGAUCAAGCAGGGAUGUGCUGGACCUGAGCGGCGACUGUAUGUGUGGUGGAGAGUGCAGCUUAUGGUGAGGCUGGAGCUGAGAUGGUGUACGAUGCUGGGUGCUUCGAUGAGGUGCCGGUUCAUUCCUUAACAAGAGAGGGGUUGUAGGCUUACAAUGAGUUGAAGUGAAUAUAGACGAGUACACGUAGAACAUGUUCCGAUAACAGUUUCAUUGGAUCAAUCAUGAAAUUCACAAGUUUCUUUGUUUCAAUCAGAAGUCUAUGUUGGCUGUCACUCAUUGACAGGCUCGGUUUCCCCAAUAUAGUAAGAGGGACCAAAUCGAAGGGAAAGCAAUGAGCAAGUAUACAUAUCUCUAAAGAAGAAGCCAUUAGUAAAUGUAUUUCCUUCUUACGUUACUGGAGCAGCCUGCAUGUCUGUCCGUCUGCAUCGCUAUCACCAACAUCUCUGGCACAUAAGUGGGCAAGUUAACCUCCGUACAAGAAGCAUUGGAUCAGAUGACCGUAUCUAAAACAAUUACAUAAUGGGAUUGAUC